AGACUGUAGGAUAGCUAACGGCCUCAAGUCCACGGAUAAUGGUCUGUCAUAGCUCUAGGGCUCGGUAUGGACAAUAAACUUGAUUAAAUAAUAAUAAUACACGGACCCACAUUUGAAAAGCAGUAUUCAGCAUUCCUACAAGACCGAAGCAAGACAACCUUUUCUUGGCUAGCGUUACUGUUCAUGAUAUGCUCUGUGACAUUGAAUACCAUUGAUCCCGAAGACCCGGUCCUGGCAAAUCUAUAUGCAGAACAGCCACAGCAUGAUGGCACAAUUGCUACGGUCCAUCAACUUCGGAAGACUUCUUUAACUUGUCUUGCUGAGGACAAGUUCUUGAUUUGCCACGAUCUCAAUACACUUGAGACUAUCUUGAUUCUGACAUAUUCUGUCUCUCAUAGUGAAGGUGUUGAGCGAGGGUGGAUAAUACUCGGAAUGGCUUUGAACAUGGGAAUUGCGCUGCGUUGUCAUAUCAACGCAGCAGACUUGAACUGUAUCGAUACCGAACGACGCCGAAGAUGCUGGGCUGGGAUUCUUAUGCUUCACACCUAUCAAGCCAUUCUCUUUCGCGAUGUUGACAUGUCGUUUCUCCUCAACAUAAAGGCGGUGAUGCCAACGGAGGCUAAUGACAGUGAUAUUCACGAAGACAAAAUCCUACAAACAACUUCGCGGCCUACACAGAUGUCUUUGAUGAAAUUCAAAUUACGGCUCUUCCGACUUUCAGCAGAGGUCUGUUGCCAUAUAUCCGGGCCCUCGAGGCUCAAUCAACUCUACUUGGGCCAUCUAGAUACUGCAAUAGCCAAAGAGGAACAGCUAUGGGACUCGGCUUUUUUGGUGAAUGGCUUACCGCGUCUUUUAGACCAUGCAAGCUAUGCCCAUUGGUGCAUCCUUCAAACCUAUGCUCACCAACUUUAUCUUCUUCUUCAUCGGCCUUUUCACAAUUCACAAUAUUCGAACUUCCUUCUUUCUUCAAGAGACAGGUGUAUUAAGUCGAGUGCUGCCUUGCUCAGUAUACACCGUCAAUUUUGCGAGCUGCCAAGACUGCGGCAUUUCAAGUGGUUAGUAAAUGGCAUGACUAGCUUAAAUGCCCUUCAUGGUGCAGUUGCAUUAGCAUCAUGUCUCCUGAGUAUGCCGGAUACUUUUGAUUCAACGCCAUACUGGAACGAGUUACACUCGACAGUGGACCGCAUGGAAACACUUCAACAUAGAAGCCCUGUCUGUGCCAAGGCAUUUACAAUACUUCAGCAUUUACAACGUCAGCUUUCCAUCGUACGGGAGUCGGGGCCAAGCGUUCGUGGUGAUUCUUGGACGUCAUUCGAAGACUGGAUUGGUGGCUUUGACUGGUUCAAUUGCGACCUAACAAACUUUAAUUUGGAGGAAGUUACGGAUCCUAGCUCCACCUAGGCAUUGAGAUUAGAGAAAAGGAACUCUUAGCUAUUAUCCAAAUUCGGGACAUACAUAUAAAUGCAACCCGGUGCCUACUCUGAUAAACCAAAAGGAGUUUAUUGAUUUGGCCAAUUGUUUCUACGCGGCUAGAUAUCACUUUCGUUAUUAUGAAACUAGCACGUUUUAUUAAGGAUUCGGGUCCUUAGCAUUAAAUAGUUAUCAAGCGGGUAUUCCCAUCGUUUUGAG